AGCGACUAUGAUACGUCAAUCUUGAAUGAACUAAAAGUUACUAAUGUUGCGAACAGUUCAACAGUCGCUUUGUUGCCAUGGUAACCGCUGUCUGUCUAACUUUGCUCCUGCUCAGAGAAUCAUUGGUCACGAGAAGAACCUCUGGGUGGAAUACUCCGCUCUAGCUAUAAAACACAAAGCAGUGAAUCUAGGACAGGGGUUUCCUGAUUUUACUCCGCCUGAGUUCCUCAAGGAGGCCUGGAGUGAUGCUGUCAACGUGCCCAGUGCUCAUUGGUACACAAGAGGUCAAGGCUACCCCCGGCUAGUUAACGCACUGUCAGAAAUGUACAGUCCCGAACUCGGACGUCAGAUAGACCCCAUGACAGAGAUAAUGACAUCUGUAGGAGCGUACGAGUCUCUCUACGCUGCUCUUACUGCCUUUACUGAUCCUGGGGAUGAAGUGAUACUGAUAGAACCCCACUUUGAUAGUUACUCAGUAGUAGUGGAAGUUUGCGGAGGUAAGCCUGUGUACGUCCCCCUAAAACCAGACGGAGACCCUACAAACGCAAACAACUGGGUCCUGGACAAGGCUGAGUUUGAGGGAGCGUUCACCAGCAAGACAAAGUUACUGAUGGUGAAUACUCCUCACAACCCCAUUGGCAAGUUGUUUAGUGCGGAGGAGAUGGAGUUUAUUGCAAGGACCUGCGAGAAACACAAUGUUAUCAUCGUCAGUGACGAGGUAUAUGAGCGCUGUGUGUUCCCUGGGCACGUGCACCAUCGUAUAGCUAAUGCGCCGGGAGGGUGGGAGCGCACUGUAACUGUGGGUAGCGCUGGGAAGAGCUUCUCAAUGACAGGGUAUAAGUUGGGAUGGGCCAUUGGGCCUGAGGAGCUGAUCUCUAAACUGCAGACUGUACAUCAGACUGCUGUCUACUCGGCUCCUACUAUCUUACAGGAGGUGAUAGCGCGAUGUGUAGAGAGGGAAAUAGAACUUAAAGGACAAGAGCAAUCUUAUCACUCCCAAUUAUCAAAGAUAAUGGAGAAAGGCUGUAGCGAGAUAAUAUCAGCGUGCGGAGAUGCGGGGUUGAGUGUGGUAGAGCCCUUUGGGGGUUACUUUAUCCUGGUCGAUACUUCACCUCUGGGAUUGGAAUUUGAUACUUCUCAGGUUGCAUAUGAUAUACAAUGUGCCCAAUGGUUAACGGAACACAUGAAGUUAGCUGGUAUUCCCCUGAGUCUCUUCUUCGGUAAAAACAAGCACCUUUCCGAGAAAUACCUGCGUCUCUGUUUUGCUAAAUCCGAACAGACUUUGAAGAUUGGAGGUGAUAUUAUUAGAGAUAUUGUGGCAAAGUGAACAACUUGUUUUAGAGUUUGAUUAAAUGAAUUAUUAUUAUUGAAAAGGGAGAUAAAGUAUAAAAUACUUGCCAAACACAGGAUUAAUAAGAGGUAUGUUAUUUUUAGUGAUUUUUAAGUUUAUUUCAGAAAUGCUGUAAAGACAUAUUAUUAUAUUUUAUAUCCAAAAACUUUUUCUUUA